AUGGCAAUCCCCAAAUCAAGAACUCCUCGACUCAUCAUUGUGAGACACGGACAGACCGAAUGGUCCAAAACAGGUCAAUAUACCUCCAGGACUGAUAUACCAUUGACCGACUAUGGUGUUAAACAAAUGAGAUCGACAGGAAGAGUCCUUAUUGGAUAUGGAUCAACAAAUCUAAUUAAACCAGCUGAACUUAAAUUAAUCAUAUGCUCUCCAAGAAAAAGAGCUCUUCAGACCAAGGAUCUCCUUCUUGAAAGUUUACCAGAGUCUCAAAAGCUGAGUAUCAAAACUGAAAUUGACGAGGACGUUAGAGAAUGGGAAUAUGGUGACUAUGAAGGUUUGCUCACUGAGGAAAUUAAAGAACGUAGAACAAAAAAUAAUCUACCAGGCGGAGAAAAUUGGACUAUAUGGCCGUACGGCUGUGAGAACGGAGAGAACGCAGAAGAUGUCACUAAACGGGUGGAUAGACUGAUUGAAAAGAUAAGAAAAAUUCACAAGCGUGCUAUGGACAACAAUGAAUUUUGUGAUAUCAUGGUUGUCGCUCAUGGUCAUAUAUUAAGAUGUCUUGCCGCUAGAUGGGUUGGAAGACCAAUAAACAAGAAUCCACAAUUUAUGCUUGAUGCUGGUGGAGUUGGCGUUCUUAGUUACCAACAUCAUAACAUCAAUGAGCCUGCAAUCUAUCUUCCGGAGCAUUCCUUGUUCCAGUUGACGAGGAAGGUGAAGGCUUGUAAAUGUUGCUUAUUCCCUUGA